AUGAGUGACUAAUUAAAUUUUAAUCUUAAACUUUUUAGAGAAAGGAUAACUGAUAAAUACUAAAGAAACUCUUCAAAUACAAAGAUAGGACAAAGCAAUUAAUUGAGUAGUCAAAGAAAUUCAUACAAACUCAAGUAAUUUUUAAUUUAAUUGUAGAGCUCCAACUCUUGAUUCGUUUACCAGCAGAUGGUAAAAUGGCAGUGUCCAUCAGUUCAAACCAGAUUCCCGUGUUUGUUCUCCAAAACACUUAUAAUCUCCUGAAACUUAUAAUGGAAUGCAAUAGAAGUUAAAAUAAAAUUUAUUUAAGAAUUAAAACUAUAACCACUUCUCCUUAGAGAUUUGAUAAUAAUCAUUUUGGGCAUCCCUUACGAAGUCCUUAAUCUUCACUUAAACCAUUUUAAGCAGCUUAUCAAUCACCAAGAGCAUAAACUGAUAGAUAUGAAUUUUAGGAAUUAAAAAGAUAUAACUCAAAUAAUGAUAUUACUGAAAUGGUACCUUUCUAUGAUUUAGUUAAUAUAAGGAACAAAUUAGAAAAUUGUGAUAUAAAGUCUGCACAUAUAUCACCUACUUAUCUCAAUGAAAUAGUGAAAUUAGCACAAGCAAUCAAUACGCAAUUAUAGAAAAAAUGA